UACAUAACGACCCAAGGACAUGUAUCCCUUUACACUCCCACUGAGCGAGUAUGGAUCACAGGGCCACUUCAAAGACCCACAGGACCACAGACACCAUCAAAAGACUACAAGUUUCUAUAAGUCAACUUAGCUGGGCAGGCAGCACCCAUGACCUUCAUUCUCCAGGGGACGGUUUAGGAGACGGAUCUCAAGAAACACAUCUACGUGGUGGAUUAUAAUUAAGGUUUAGACAUGAGGCAGUUCAUCUGCGGGGUCCUGAUCUCAGUUCUCGCGCUGUGGGUCAGUGCGGUCCUCUCAGCAGAGUCGUUUCCUGGAUUCCACGAGGCGUUCAGGAAUAGGAUGCGCAGCGGAGGUCAGGCGGGUUACAGACGCCACUCGAACAGCUUUCCGCUUUACAUGAUGCACCUCUACCGGACACUUCUGACCGGAGAAGACAAGCACAUGAGUCAUGAAAAUCCAACUCUUUACGAGUCCGAUUCGGUCUUGAGUCUCUUAGCAAAAAGUAGCCAUCAGAUUGGUGACAGAUGGGCAGUGACAUUUGACCUGUCCUCCAUAUCUGCAAGUGACAGCGUCCAGAGGUCUGAACUUCGAAUUCGCCUUCCAGAAUUCACCUCUGCCAGUGACAUGGUGGUGGAUAUCUAUCAUGCUUCCAAACAUGAGUGUGACCAGAGCCACUGCCCUGAAGCACGGCUUCACCUUGGCAGUGUGAGAGCCAAACCAAGCGACCCAGCCUCCCACUCCUCAUGGAGGGUAUUCAACAUCACCGACCUGCUCAAGUACUGGUUGCAUCAGGGUGAGAGCACGUCCUCCGAGGAACAUGUUCAGACGUCUUCAAUGGAAAAGGGAGAGGAUGAGGGAAGUGAGAUGGUCCAGCAUCCUACAGGAAACAUGGUCAUGAUGGUGGUUUACUCCAAACAAAACCAGGCCAAGACAUCCACCCUCAUCCAGACCGCUGAGCACUCCAAGUAUGUGGCUCUGGACCGAGCCAGCGGUGGAAAGGAACCUGUGGCCCGGCGUCACAAGAGGAAUCACAGAACUGGUGAGCGAGUACGAGGGGUAGCAGGAACUGGCUUGACUCCUGCCAUUUCUCCUGAAGAAGGGGAGAAGAAGCCUCUCUGCAGAAAGGUGGAUAUGUUGGUGGAUUUCGAUCAGAUAGGCUGGAGCGACUGGAUUGUUUAUCCAAAACGCUACAAUGCUUAUCGCUGUGAGGGUAGCUGUCCUACACCCAUAGAUGAGUCCUUCACCCCAACCAACCAUGCCUACAUGCAAAGUCUUUUGAAGUUGCACCACCCUGACUGGGUUCCAUGCCUGUCUUGUGUACCCACCCAUCUGGCUCCAGUCUCUAUGCUCUACUAUGAGAACGGGAAGAUGGUUAUGAGACACCAUGAAGGAAUGGUGGUUGCAGAAUGUGGUUGUCACUGACUUCUCUCUUAAUCCCAAACAAACUCAACAUUAGCACUUUAUUUAGAUAUGCUCCUCUGAACCAGAAAUACACAUGGGCUCCAUCAAAGAUAAUACAGAUGUCCAGGAUGAAAACAACAACAAAACCAAACUUUCUUAAAGGAAUAGUUCACCCAAAGAUGAAAAAUCUCUCAUCAUUUACUCACCCUAAUGGCAUCCCAAAUAUGUAUGACAUUCUUCUGCUGAACACAGGUAUCCUGCAAUGAUGCACCUGGGUUACUUAAAGCUAUUUUUGAAACCUUAAUACUUUGUGUUUACAUAAAUUGUAAAUAGUUGAAUAUGUAAAUUG